AUGGCGCGGUCUUCUUCUUCUUCUAUGCAAGGUUGGGGAGAAAAAAUUCCCCAGUAUCUUAAGGACAUCACCGUUGUAAACCGAGCUAUUGGUGGUCGCAGUGCACGGAGUUAUUGGCGCGAGGGGCGAUGGACAUCUGUCCAGAACUCUCUCAAGGCAGGAGACUUCGUUCUUAUCGAAUUUGGUCACAACGAUGGUGGCUCCCCCAGGACUAGCGAUCGCGCUAGUGUCGGUGGAGAAGGAAGCGAAACUCAGACCGUGACUCUUGCUGACGGAACUGUUGAAACCGUUUACACAUGGCCCACAUACGUUGGAUGGAUGAUCGACGGGGCAAAAUCCAAGGGAGCCACUGUCAUUAUAUCCGCUCAGACACCUAACAACCCUUAUGAAAACCGAGACACAAUUUCUAACUCCCCAACUCGAUUUGUAACUUAUGCGAAGAAUGUUGCCGCUAAAAAAGGUGUUCCAUAUGUCGAUCACUUUGCCUCGUGCAUAAGUCUCUACACUAAGCUUGGAAAGGGUGUCACUGAAUCAUACUUCCCUAAUGACCACACGCAUACUAACGAUGCUGGCGCCAACCAGGUCGCGUGGGCCUUCCUCUCUGGGCUUCAAUGUCCUGCGGCGGCUGGUGUACUUAAGCAGUACGUUAAUGACGUAGGAAAGGGUGCUGGUGCUCGGUGCUAG